AUGUCUGCCCAGCGUGAGAGCGUCCAAUCCUUCUGGGUCAACGGCUCGACCGAGAUCUCCAAGAGGGCUUCCGAGCUCGCCUCGGCCGCCAAGGUUACUGAUCAGACCUUUGAGGCCAAGGCCAACGCUGGCGAGUUCGUCGUCCAGGGUGCGGACUGUGUCCAGUUCUGGACCGGCUCGGUCCGCAGCGGCGAGAACUACAUCGGCGAUACCAAGGGUGACGGUGUCGUCUUCCUCAAGGAGGGCAUCCAGAUGAUUGUCAAGGGCGGCAAGGUCCUCGGACCUCUCCCUGCCGGUUCCCUGCACAGAUGUAAUACACCCCCUACUCGGUCCCGAUCCCCAACACCACCGCACCAUCGCGUUCAUGUUACUGCUUCAAGUUCUUCUACACAACGCCCACCACAUCUUCCCCGGUCGUCGUCGGCCAACAACCCCUCCUCAAGCUACCGGCUCGCUUCCGGUUCUGAGAGAAGAGUUAGCGGUAGCGGCGGUCAUGGUCUUUCUCAUGAUCUUCCACCAGUUGUUGGCUCAGGCGUUCGCUACGUUUCGGGGACAAGCCACACUCCUCCUCUUGCUACAAACACGCAUACUACCACACACACUAUCACCACCAAGCCCAUGUUACCUCGUUCGGCCUCCUACCAUCCUCAUGUCCCGCCUACUAACACCUUUCCCAACAGCGUGAGCGUGUCCCGCGAAUGCCGUCAAUGCCUAGAGCAGCAGCAGCAACGUCGUGAGAGCCAUCCCCGGGAGAGCCAUUCCCGCGAUCGCGACAACAGCCACAGCCCUCACCACAACAACCACGGACAUGCAACAUAUCAACCUGCCCCCGCCCAUCAUCACGCAACAGUAUCAUACCAAAAACGUCAUGACGGCGACACCUUCAGCACGGCGCCGACUUAUCUCUCCAGCGGGCCCGUGGAGCGCGACUGGUUGGAUGACGACAGCAUAGCGCCCGGAGACAGCAUUAGCAAUGUCGGGAUUUACCCGAAUGGGUAUCCUUCGGGGCACGCGCUUCAUGUUUCGAGUCGUCGUUGA